UAUCGAAAUGGAGACAGAUCUUACCGAUAAUGGGAGCUGCACGGUAUCUCAAUCGAGAGAUGAUCGCCAUGGAUCUUCUGCUUUGAUAUUCUUGGGAACUGGUUGUUCGAGCAUGGUUCCAAAUGCAUUGUGCUUGAUUCAACCCUCUGAUUCGCCUUGCAGUGUAUGCACCCAGGCCCUCACUAUCCCUCCCGAGUGUAACCCUAACUACAGGUGCAAUACUUCACUUCUUAUUGAUUAUUGUCAUGAUGAUCGUGAACACAAGUAUAUAUUAAUUGAUGCUGGGAAGAACUUUAGAGAGCAAGUAAUUCGGUGGUUUACCUGCCAUAAAAUUCCUCAGGUGGAUUCUAUAAUUUUAACUCAUGAACAUGCUGAUGCAGUUCUUGGCCUGGAUGAUAUACGUGCAGUACAACCUUUUAGUCCGACGAAUGACAUUGAUCCCACUCAAAUUUACCUUACUCAAUUUUCCAUGGACAGCAUUGCACAAAAAUUCCCUUACUUGGUCCAGAAAAAACAAAAAGAAGGCCGAGAAAUUAGGCGGGUUGCGCAGCUUGACUGGAAAAUAAUUGAGGGUGACUGUGACAAGCCAUUUGUUGCAUCAGGCCUACAGUUUGUUCCUUUGCCAGUGAUGCAUGGAGAGGAUUAUGUUUCCUUGGGUUUUCUUUUCGGUGAGAAAUAUCGAGUAGCAUAUAUAUCUGAUGUUUCACGUUUUCCUCCAAGUACUGAAUAUGUUAUUUCAAAGUCUGGAGCUGGACAGCUGGAUCUUCUUAUCCUGGAUACUCUAUACAAGAAAGGAUCACACAACGUCCACCUUUGCUUGCCUCAGAGUCUUGAUGCUGUAAAGAGGAUAUGCCCAAAACGGGUUCUAUUCAUUGGAAUGACCCAUGAAUUUGAUCACCAAAAAGACAAUGAAGCCCUUAUGGAAUGGUCUCGAAGAGAAGGAAUCCCUGUUCAGCUUGCUCGAGAUGGCCUGAGGAUCCCGAUAGAACUGUAAUGAAUUCUGUGGGUGGACCACCCAGUCAAGCUUGGCUGGGUGGAUCUAAUUCCCAUGUGGCAGCUUACUUGGUGCUCGAAGUCAGCACACACAUGGUACAAUUGUAUUCAUUUGGUUAGUUUCAGCCCAAAUAGAGUAGACCAUGUCACAUGGUAAAAUAAAGCUUCAGGAAAUUGUUGAAAAGUCAAUAUUUUGAUUUAUAUUUCGAAUGUUUGGAACGCCUAGGUAAGCCAUCCAUGUGGCACCAAAACAGAUCCAGCAGGUCAAGUAAGGCUAUAUAAGACACCCACAAGACUUUUACCCGUUUAUCCUUAUAUUACAUUAUUAAUAUUAAUUAUUUUUUAUUCUUAUUAGGUUUUCAUCAUUAUUAUACUGGCAAAAGAUUCCACUACACCCAUACUAAAAUACUUUUCAUCGCAUUUUCCACUUUUAAGCCAUUUGAUUGACGAUCUGGCUGGCAAACUGCCGGAUUGAUUUGGGACCCAUUUAAUAGUCUUCCUGUCAAAAUUGAUGGCAUAUCUCAACUGUAUGGCCCACCAUGUAUGGGAUUUUUUCCUUGCAUUUUUUUUAUGGUUCAUGUUAAACUCCUUCCUAUACUUUUCAGACUUUUCUA